AUGGAGAUGGAGCGUUACCUGGGGGAAAGCACCAGUUCUCCAGCCAACGCCACCAACACCACUGCCAACCCAGGAGCCGCCUCUCAAGUGGAGCUGCUGGCGGAGCGACUGACCAUCGUGGCUCUGCUGUCACUGCUGACGCUGCUGACGGCCGUGGUGAAUGGAGCUGUCAUCGCUGCCAUCUGUACCACCCGGAAGCUUCACCUGCCUGCAAACUACCUCAUUUGCUCACUGGCGGUGACAGAUUUUCUAGUGUCGGUGCUGGUCAUGCCCAUCAGCAUCCUGUACAUCACCACCGAGGAGUGGCUGCUGGGGAUAUUCGUGUGUGAGGCUUGGCUGAGCAUCGAUGUGACCUGCUGCACCUGCUCCAUCCUGCACCUGUGCGUGAUCGCGCUGGAUCGGUACUGGGCCAUCACUAAAGCCAUCGAGUACGCCCGCAAGAGGACGGCACGCCGUGCCGGAGUCAUGGUGGCCAUCGUCUGGGUGAUCUCCAUCUUCAUCUCCAUCCCGCCUCUGUUCUGGAGGCAGCGCGGGGACGCAAACGGCCCGCAGCAGUGCAUCAUCGAGCACGACCACGUAGGCUACACCAUCUUCUCCACGUUUGGUGCGUUCUACAUCCCCAUGACUCUGAUCCUCAUCCUGUACUCGCGCAUAUACAGCGCCGCCAAGACUCUGUACCAGAAACGUGGCUCAUCGCGGCACCUCAGCAGCCGCAGCACUGACAGCCAGAACUCAUUCAAUCACUGCCGUGUCAAGCAUGCCUUCUGUGUCUCCGACGUCUCGACUUCCGACCACACUCUCGAAUUCGAGAGGAACAGCGUCACCAUUGUCCGAAUGCCAACAUUUGAUACGGAGACGCCGGAGCUGGACGAGAGGAACCAGAUCUGCACGUCUCGAGAGAGGAAAGCGGCUCGGAUCCUGGGCCUCAUCCUGGGGGCCUUCAUCCUGUGCUGGUUGCCUUUCUUCCUGAAGGAGCUGCUGGUGGGUCUGAAGGUGCUAAUGACCCCCUCGCCUCAGGUGUCGGACGCCCUCACCUGGCUAGGCUACAUCAACUCUCUGGUGAACCCGCUGCUCUACACCAGCUUCAAUGAGGACUUCAAGCAGGCUUUCAAGAGAUUGAUCAGGCGCAAGGAGCACACAUAG